AAGAAGCAACAGGAAAUGACGUCACAUUGCUACGUGUCAGGAAAUUGUAUGUUGUCAACAUGGCGGCGCAGCAGAACGAUGUCGAUGAAUUAUUCGAUGUGAAAAACGCGUAUUACAUUGGCAGCUAUCAACAAUGUAUCAACGAGGCUCAGAAAGUGAAGCCAACGUCACCAGAGAAGGAAACUGAAAGAGACGUGUUUUUGUACAGAGCGUACAUCGCCCAGAAAAAAUAUGCUGUUGUCUUGGAUGACAUCAAGGCAAACUCGUCACCAGAGCUCCAAGCUGUUAGGAUGUUUGCUGAGUAUAUGUCAAACGAAGGAAAAAGGUAAGGAGUCG